CUGAUCGGCGGUUGACGUAUCCCCGGGGGCGGUGCUAAAGACCUCGGUGAAGUGUCUCGUAAAGGCCGCAUAUGUCGUCAGCUCCGGGCUCGCUGCGCUCCAGAGCGCUCUAGCCCAUGCUAGCGCUCUUCCGGUGAGCAGCGAGAUCAGGAACGCAACCUUUGCUCGUUCGUUCAGAAAGCUUUGAGGGUGCAUAUAGGGAAACCUGGAGCAGGAAUCCAUGACAUUCUGCUGCGUUUCCGGAAAAAGAAGCCGGGAGAGCCAUCGGGCUGCCGGAUGGUGGAGGAGUUUGGUUGGCGGUCGCCGGUCGGAACGCCUCCCGGAGCGCAGCGGUGAGCUCCCUCACGAACUCAGAAGUGUCCUCCACGAAACCAGACGUGGCAGCGGGCUGGUCCUCCAUGCUAAGACUUUCACCCUAAGGACAACUUAUCAUGGAAUCAGUAAAGAUUUGUAGGGAUGUGAAGACCGAGAUGUGCACUACUUCAGACGGUGGGACAUCAAGCUCUGAGGAAUUUGUCAACCCUGUCGAUCUACAGACACUUGUAAAAAAGGAAGAACCCGAAGAUGAAGGCUAUCUCUGUGGUGAUACAUCAAGCCCUACAAUAUGUGUCAUAUCUUUUGACCAACAGCCCCGAGGAUUCCAGAGGAUAGCCAUAAAAGAGGAAGAACCUGAAGAUGAUGAAUUCCUCUACUGUGAGCACUGCAGAUCCUCCUUCACCAACAAGUGUGAAGUUCAUGGUCCUGCUCUUUAUAUUUCUGAUACCCCUGUUCCCAUGGGGGUUACUGACCGUGCCAUACAAACGCUUCCACCCAGUCUGGAGGUUCGAAUGUCUGAUAUUCCUGGUGCAGGCUUUGGGGUGUUUAAUAAGGGGGAGACUAUUCCACUUGGUGCACACUUUGGGCCUUUUGAGGGAGACCUGGUGGACAAGGAGGAAGCCAUGAAUAGUGGUUAUUCUUGGGUGAUAACCAGGAACAUGCAGUGUGAGAAAUACAUUGAUGGCCAGAGAGAGAUGCACUCUAACUGGAUGAGGUAUGUGAAUUGUGCACGUAACGAACAAGAACAAAAUCUUGUGGCAUUCCAGUAUCGAGGAGGCAUUCUUUAUCGUUGUUGUCAACCCAUCAAAACAGGACAAGAACUCUUGAUGUGGUACAAAGAUGACUACGGGAAAGACCUUGGCCUUGAGUUCGACUACCUCUGGAAGAAGAAAUGCUUCUCAAAUGAAAUAAAUGAUGGCCUGCUUCAGCUUUUCUCCUGCUCCUGGUGUCAACUUACUUACACAUCUCAAAUAUACCUUAACGAUCACAUAAGGAGAAGCCACAGUGAGGAAAAUGAGAGAUCGUUAAGUUCAAUGGAAAUGCAAAAUGACAAUGCGAUCUCCACGGGAAGCUCGAACGCUGAGCCAACAUGCUCUGGUACUUUUGAAACGAACCCCGCUCAUGGACAAAAUCAGAAAGGACUCCACCACUGCUCAAGCUGUGAAAUGGAUUUUACGACUCUCCAUAACCUCACUAAACACCAGUGUGGCCAUGCAAGACAGAAAUUUCCUUGCUUACAAUGUGGUAAGAGUUUCAAUUACCAGAGUCAUCUCCAGCAGCAUCAGCACAUUCACACGGGAGAGAAGCCUUACCAGUGUUCAGAGUGUGGCAAGAGCUUUAAUAACAGGAGUAAUUAUAAACAACACCAGCGCAUUCACACGGGAGAGAAGCCGUGUCGGUGCUCGCACUGCGGAAAGAGUUUUACUUACCGGAGUCAUCUCCAAAAGCAUCAGCACAUUCAUACAGGAGAGAAGCUGUAUCACUGUUUAGAGUGUGGCAAGAGCUUUAACAACAGGAGCAACUACAGACAACACCAGCGCAUUCACACCGGAGAGAAGCCGUGUCAGUGCUCGCAGUGUGGAAAGAGUUUUACUUUCCAGAGUCACCUUCAACAGCAUCAGCAGAUUCACACCGGAGAGAAGCCGUACCUGUGCUCCGUUUGUGGGGCGAGUUUUAAUAAGAAAAGCACUCUGCAAAGGCACCGGCUCAUUCACACUGGCGAGAAACCGCACCAAUGCUCACAGUGUGGGAAGGGUUUCAUAUCGUUGAGCAAUCUCAAGGAUCACGAGCGCAUUCACACCGGAGAAAAGCCCUAUCAUUGCUUACACUGCGAGAAAAGUUUUAUAUCUCUGGGCAAUCUCAAAGAUCACGAGCGCAUUCACACCGGGGAGAAGCCCUAUCAGUGCUCGCAGUGUGGCAAGAGUUUUAGUAAGCAAGGUCAUCUCCGGAAUCAUCAGCGAAUCCAUACAGGAGAGAAGCCGUUUCAGUGUUUGCAGUGCGGGAAGAGCUUUAAUCAAAAGAGCAAUCUGCAAAAACACCAGCGCGUUCAUACGGAAGAGAAGCCGUAUCACUGCUCACAGUGCGGGAAAAGCUUUGAUCAUCAGAGUGAUCUGAAACAACACCAGCAUGCUCAUAUUGAAGACAAGCCGUACCCCUGCUUACAGUGUGGGAAGAGAUUUACCUACUUCAAUGCAUUCAGGAACCAUAAGUGCACCAACAUGAAGUAGGGCAUGUAUGCAGUCAUAUCUAUAGACAGUUGUAUGCGAAAGUUUGGUCAGCUCUGGUCAAAAUGAAUAUUCUUUUCAUCGUUGAUGGGAAAAAAAAAACUUUGGCAGCAACCAAGAUAGAAACAUCUUCUGUACAUAUUAAUAGGCAGGUCAUUUUUAAUUAGAUGAACAUCACACAAAAAAAAUGUAGUUGUCAACCUGACAUGUGCAAACCUUUUGAAACCCUGCUAAGUCACUUAGCGCCCCACAACCCAGACCUUCCAAACACUGCUUGUAGCCACCUGAACCGCUUCUUUAAUGAAAUUUCUUCGACUCUUCCUUAUAAACGCUUCUAAACUCAGGCAUAACUUUAUGGCUACAUUGUGUUGGUCCCCCUUCUGGACCAAAACAGGCCUGACCCGUCGAGCAUUAACAGCAUUAACUUCUUCAGCAGAUUCAGCUACAGUUGCUCAUCCGUUAGCUCGGACCACAUGGGCCAGUCUUCGGUCCCUACGUGCAUCAAUGAGCCUUGGCCACCCAUGACCUUGUUGCCAGGUUCACCACUGUUCCUUCCUCUGUCCAACUUUGAUAAAUACUGACCACUGCAGACCGGAAACAUACCACAAGAGUCACAAGGGAGAUUCAGAAAGGUUGCAUUACUUUUAGCAAUAGCUAGAAAAGUGUUGUAGAUCCCAUUAUCUCUUCUUCCGGUUCUUGGCUGGUUCUUGCAUCCCAUUUGCUGUCAGAAUUCCCUAUUAUUAAAUAUUGGAAUCCCUUCUUGUAUCUAAAUUUUCUCUGGGAGUGACUUCCACACAUCAGCUAAACAGAAUGAAUCUACACUCGUUCUUUUCAUUGUGGCCUUUUUUCAUCAAAUGCUGCUUUUACUUUUUGGCCAUUGACUUCCAUUUUUAAAAUCAUUAGUCCACAGCCAUUUCCAAAAUGCCUCUGACUUAUUUAGAGGUUAUUUUAUGUACAUCAGAAUGUUGACAUUUGUGGUAAGGGCGCAGGUAAGAUUUCACUUGAUUCUUCCAUUUUUUUUGGAACUCUUCCUGCACAUUAAUUAGAGAUUUCUGACAGAAUUUUGGCUGAAUCUUGCCUUGAUUUACACAUGUUCCCCUUAGUUGGGAUUUGUAAUGAAGGACAGUGGAAAUUGUGCAGUGGUGACCAUUCUUCUUCUUCUUUCGGCUUCUUCCAUUAGGGGGCGCCACAGCAGAUCAUCCUUCUCCAUAACCCCCUGUCCUCUACAUCUGCCUCUUUCAAACCAACUACCUGCAUGUCUUCC